CAAGCUGGUAAUGAACUGAAUAUAGUAUAUCGAGUAAUCCACAACCCUAUUAUAGCCUGUAGAUUCUUUACCAUUAAGUGGCAACGGUGGUUCGUCCUCUAUCACCUUGUGAAAACACCCACACGGGGGUGUACCCUCAGAAGCGACCAGAUCAUGAUACCAACGUAGCCGGGAUCUUAUUAUAAGCGAGCAGCUGACUGGACAUAUAUUCGUAGGGCUACUCCGGUCACUGCGGACUACUCAACCCCUCCAGUAGCCAACACGGCCAUCUGGACAAACAAGGUGUUCCCCCUCCUCUCCUUUCAGUGAGGAAUGAAAGAAAUGGAGAGUCAUCACCAAGGCUGACGUCCCCUAACCAAUCCCGCCGAUGAAAUUAGACUACGUUGUCACACCAACUUCAUGGGUUUACCCAACGUGCUCAAAUACUUUAGCGAAGAACAUCCCUUUUAUGAAACCUCUAACGGGAUGAUUCUACACAGCCAACACAAUGUACAAUGACUGGUUUGAAUUUAAGUGGACGCUGCGCCUGGUAUUUCUCUUGAUGUCGGUGAAGUUCCCAACCUCGUACGACUUAGUGUCCACAAAAGCCCCCAGGGUAGGAAUAUUAUUCCAAGGGCCUCUCCCAGCAUCCCUACAGAACCUUCAGGCCAUGCCGAUCGAUACGUCGUGGUGCUUUGUCACACGAGUGUUCUAUUUGGGUUGUUAGGACACCCAGUUAUGAACCAGAAAAGGGCCUUAUGAAUGCCGCUUGGUCUGGUAAUCUACACAAUUGCAGAAGGCCAUUGGGUAGAUUUGCAUCAUUACUCUCAGGAGAUGUUUCAUUCUAUCCUCAGUGAGAGUAAAUAAAUGAGGGGGGGGAAAUGGAUAUAGUGAAAUAGUAAUAAUAUCAGCAUCAUGUACGGCAAUAUCUAGGCUUGUUUUAUUCACCAUUUUAUUUUGCUUAAUGUCUUUAUUAAUUUCAAUGCAGAUCCUGUUUCAGGCAGCUUUAUGUUGGAGCAUCGCUUUUCUUUCCAUAUUGUACAAUACAAACGAUGCGUAUUGCGAGGAAGGGAAAAAGUCACUGAUUACUGUACCAUGCAUAAUGUAUUGCGUUUUGGAAUGAGUCCAUUAAUAUUCUAUUUCUACAUAUUGUGAAAU